UUCACUGUUUUUAUGUUAUGUCCCCGAUCCUUCACCUGCACCUCCUCAUCAGAUGUGUAGAGUGAGAAUAUCAAACACAAGAGUGUGUGUUACUAUACAGUCGGAAUUCAGCAGAGGCGUCCUCUCCACACAUAUUUUACGCGCACCGCUGUUUCCACGUCUCCAAAAGCACAAACAUGAUUAUCUAGAAGGUGCCGGUAUCAUGUCAAAAUACAUUAAGCUUCACCUCUGACGGAUAUGCUGGGAUACUUUGAUGUGUCUGCGGUUAUCAAAGCGUGAACUCGCUCUAGUCCAAUAAUCUGGCUGGUGAGAAGUAGAGCGUCGACCGCGGGACUGAGCUCAGCGCGUUCACGUGGAACCUAUAAGCAGUCGUGGCGCGCAGAGCUGCGAGUAGUCGUGGAGAGAGGAGAAGAGGAUAAUUGUGGCAGAGGAUAGCAUCUACAGCGCUGUGGGAGAUAACCUGACACAGAUACAACAGGAAUGCUGAAAAUGCUAUCAUCACAAACUUCUUUCUAUCUCUUUUGUGACACUUAGUUGCCCAACUUUGCAGUACAAGGUGAUAUGUGAGCAAGAGAGUCCGGCCAUGCAGCUGAAUGAAACUGCAGUUCAAACACUGGCUCCAGAGUCAUGUGAGCAGCAAAUACUACAGGAGGACAACGCUGGAAACUGUAGCGGAGGUUCCACCAGCAACCUGUCGCUGCACUGCUGGCUGCAGCUCCUCACCAAGGAAUCUAUCAUGGAAUAUCAAGGAGACAGCUCCAGUCUUGUGGUGCGUGUGAUGAUAGCAUGUGUCUACUCUAUAGUCUGUGCACUUGGGCUAGUAGGAAACUCCCUGGCUCUGUAUCUGCUGCACUCACGUUACAGGCAGAAGCAAUCAUCCAUCAACUGCUUUGUGAUGGGACUGGCUAUCACAGACCUCCAGUUCGUUCUGACUUUACCUUUCUGGGCUGUGGACACAGCCCUGGACUUCCGCUGGCCAUUUGGCCGUGUGAUGUGCAAAAUCAUCAGCUCUGUCACCACCAUGAACAUGUAUGCCAGUGUGUUCUUUCUCACAGCUAUGAGCAUGGCGCGUUAUUACUCUAUCUCCUCUGCGCUAAAGAUGCAUAGCCGGCGGGCGGCAGCCGCUAGGGCCAAGUGGACCAGCCUGGGCAUCUGGACUGUCUCUCUGCUGGCCACUUUGCCUCAUGCCAUCUACUCCACCAGCGUCCAGGUGUCAGAUGAGGAGCUUUGCCUGGUGCGCUUCCCAGACUCAGGCAGCUGGCAUCCACAGCUUCUUCUGGGUCUAUACCAGCUGCAGAAGGUCCUGCUGGGCUUCCUUAUUCCUCUGAUCAUAAUCACUGUCUGCUACCUGCUUCUACUGCGCUUCAUCCUCAGCCGGCGCAUCACAGGUGCGGUGGGCCCAGACGUUGAGCAGGGCCGGCAAAGUCGUCGCUCCAAAGUGACCAAAUCCAUUGUCAUUGUGGUUCUGUCCUUUUUUCUGUGCUGGCUUCCCAAUCAGGCGCUGACACUGUGGGGAGUGCUCAUUAAGUUUGACCUCGUGCCCUUCAGCAAGGCUUUCUACAAUGCUCAGGCCUACGCCUUCCCCCUCACUGUGUGUUUGGCACACACCAACAGCUGCCUCAACCCGGUGCUCUACUGCCUGAUUCGCCAGGAGUUUCGGGCAGGUCUCAAGGAGCUUCUCCUCCACGCCACACCAUCCUUCACGAGCCUGACUCACCUGCUGCGUCGCAAGGCCAAAGUGGCUGAGGCGCCACCUGUUUUGGUGCUGGUCCAAAUGGAUGUCUGAAUUGAAGGACUGACUUACUGUGACAGAGGAGUUGAAGGAGUGAAUGACUAACUCACAAAGACAAUAAGUGAAAGCUUCCUGUAGUUCUGUUGAUCUGGAGUUGUUUACCAUGAUGGUGCAUUCAUCUCAAUCCUGUAAACACAGAAAGUCAAAAAUCUUUUUGGCUUUUGAAAACAACAAUGGACUACCCAGUGGGAAGUGCCCCACUUUAACUGCAGGCUGCAAAUGUUUUCACUUGUUAUACAAUGACUCUCUUUCUCUCUCUUGCCGCAUAGUAUGUCUCUGUCUUUCUCUCUCUGCCACUGACAGACUAUACAUAUGCUGCUCUCUGGUAAUUUGUCAUGAAUUUGUAUACAUGUCAAUCACAGUCUGACAUGAGCUCAGAAAAAUCUAAUAGUAAACUUCAAUUAACAUUUGCCACAGCAUCGGCAUUAUGAGUCAGAUUUAUCAUUCUUCACACUUGCAGUGUACAAGUACAGAUAAAACUCUCUGACUGAAUUGAUGAGGAAUUUACUUGGAUAAAACUAGAGUAAAUCAUGACUGAGAUGUUAAAAAAAACCUGAAAGAAACAAGUAUAGAAUAGAUUAUGAGUAAUGAGGAGGUUUCCCAGUGCUCUGGUCAGUUGCUGUGUUUGUUCCAUGGUGCAAUUGUGUACAUUGUUUCAUACAGUAAAAGUAAACUGGAAAAAAUGAAACCUAAACAAAUAAUUUUUUUAAAAGUAGGCUAAUAGUGAAUAGUAGUAUUUGCUACAUCUAAAAGACAGUGAAAGAGUAAAAUUAUUGAAAAGCCUAAUGGUAUAUAUUUGUUGAAAACUGAGAAAAUGGCAAGGUCAAGCAGUGUACAACAUCUGUUCAAUUUCUUUAGGAGUAAUAAAUGGCAUAUAGUUUUAUAUGUUUGCUGAAUUGUCUUGGGGAAAAGGUUCAUGACUGAAAAAAAUAAAAGGCAAAGAAAUCACAAGAAGGUACAAGAACUUAAAUCAAUUUCCUGUCCCUUUUCAAGGUAAGACAAUAUGACAUAAUACAUCAGAGGGUAUAACGAGUGUGUAAUUAGUGAGAUGCAUGCUGUCCUUGAGGAAACCUACGAGGAUCAAAAGCUGAGGUGAUUCCAAUGAGAUUUAUACUCCUGUGCAACAAAUCUUACACUGCUCACACCUUAGCUGUACUGUAAUACUGUAUUGUACACCAGCCUUUCCUUCUCUGUUAAAUUACACUCGUACGUAUGUUGAAGGAGCACAUAACUGAGUAAAAGUGACAUGAUAAUGUGAUCUUCUGUGAAUAUGUUGUCUCUCUGUAUUUUAUCAUGACUGUGACUAUAAUUAUGGGCUUUUAUAGAAGUCAUUUUGAUGUUUUGAUGGAAAAUUAUAUUGAUUGACACACUGUAAAUGAAACAAAGUAAAGAUUUAAUUAAAAGCUUUCAACUUGAA